AUGGAUGGAGGGAUGCAGGCGCUGUUUAGCCGUUUCUGCGGCUGGUGCUCCUGUAUCGGCAGGUCAGGAAAGGCAGGAAAGGGAACAUGGUCUCCCAUACAAUCUGUGGCGGAAACGGAAGUAUCGCCCCUAGGUCGUACCAUCCCAUCGAUCCAUCGCCCGUCCUUGGCCGGGUGUCUUACCGCGCAUUUCUUGCUUUUUCGCCCUGUCGAUUUCUCUCAAUUGCCCAUCGCCCGCCGGCUCUGCCAUCCAAAUUCAGUCUUCAAUUCUCCGUUUCCCCCAUCUUGUCUCCUCCUCACCAUCUUUCCACCCUUCCGUUUCCUUUCCCGGUCACCUUCACUUUCGCCAAAUCACCGACACACUUUGACAAACAACGACCAACUCGGCUCCAGUCUCCUUCUCCUCUCCUCUUACCUUCUCUCCACCAUCUCUUCACACCCUCGCUUCGUCACUACACAAAGGAGGCGCCUCGAAACCAUCAGCCGUGCCGACCGACAUCGUCAAGCUUCACAGACUCGCAAUCCGCUUCCCGAUUAUCGUCACUCGCUUGGAACACCUCGCCCCUCGGCCAACCGACGUACAUACGACGAAGGAUUCAAACCAAAGUCCGCCGAAAAGUCGCUUUCUGGAUCCUGCCUUGCGUAUACGAGAAUCUCGCUUCCUCGAAAUCCCCACGCCCUAUCCCCCGAAACCCGAGCCGACCGAACGCUGGUGACGGAUAGCCGCCCUCGUUAG